CUGCAAGGCUCUCGUAGGAAAUACGAGGGGCAAAAAGAGUUCCCAAAUACGGCCAGAUGUAGUUCGGCGUGAUUUAUCUAGGUUUCCAAGCCCAUCAUCCACACCAGCCAGUUGUGCACAGAAGUCAACUUGAAAAUCAAUUUGGAGAAUAGAUAUCUCCUCGUCAAAUUGUUUCCUUUCGAUACUUAUGAUGGACGACUCUCCGGCCCACUGGGCUAUACUUAUUGGUAAUGAUUUCUACGAAGAUGCACCUCUUCGUGGUUGCGUCAACGAUAUAAACCUCGUCAAGAAAUAUCUCGAAGGGGAGAAAUCAAUCAUUCAUAUCGAUGUCUUGGUCGCGAGUAUUCCUGAUGCAACCACUUCGGCAACACAUCGGCCGGUCGAAGAACCAGAAUCAUGGCCAACGCUCCAGAAUGUCAUUCUCAGUCUCAGGAGAGUCACCGAGAAAGCAAGUUCUAGAGAUUUUGUCUACAUACAUUACUCUGGCCACGGAGUAACCAACAAAGGCGAACCAGAAAUGUUCAACAGUAACAAAGACACUGGCGAUGUAGCUCUUGUGCUAUUUGAUGACACGGGGUGCUCCUAUCUUGAGGGGCAAGAACUAGCAUCAUUACUGAAGGAUAUGGCAGAUAAGGGGCUGUUCGUUACUCUGGUCCUCGACUGCUGUUUCUCUGGAGGUUUCGUGCGCAAAACUCUUCGAAAAGAACCUGGAAUACGAAGUUUGCCUUACAAAUCUGCUCUUGGCACAAGUUCCCAGACAGCUGGUACAAACAAUGCAAUUGAUCAAAGCAAACAGCUUCUGCGAGACGCACAAGUCAGACCACAAUGGCUGAUCAACCCGAAGAAUUACACCGUCUUCUCCGCUUGCGGUCCGCAUGAGACUGCAGAAGAGCUCACAUUUAGUAAUGGUCAGAAAUAUGGUGCCCUCACUAUUUUCCUGGUCUUUGCGCUCAAUCAGUUGAGGAGAGCAGGAACUGAAGUUACCCAUGAUUCCUUGUACCGUCAACUCUGCAUUAACUUCCACAUUUCCUGGCCUAGGCAGACACCGAUGCGGUAUGGAAACUCGAACCUUUCUUUCUUUGGGAAGCUCAAGUCAGGACGGUCUAUGAAAUUCUUUCCUGUCUUCAUGGUACCCAAUGAUAACACCUUGCAGAUAGGAGCAGGUGAAGUACACGGUGUAUGUGAAGGCGAUGAAUAUGCUGUGUACCCAUUCAAUUCUAGCGAAGACGGUUUGGACUUUGAGGACUUGCGCGUCUUCACAGCUAAAGUUGAAACCACUCAUACCCUCACAUCAGACCUCGUGUCAAUUGAACCAAUAUCAACGAUAGGAUCUGUGAAGACCCCAUGGAAAGCCAGAUUGAUAAAGUCACUGUCAUCUUGGAAGGUACCGAUUUGCAUCAACGUUGGCCCCGUUGAUGCCGAAUCUUGGUUGGAAGCCGCUCAACAUAGACGUUAUCUCUCUAUUGCCAUGGAUGGUAUAGAAGGGCAGGAGGCUUUAUUCAAUGUCGUUCCCAAUGACGAAAACGAGUAUCAGAUCCUCAACCAGUCCAAGGGAGCAAUAGCGAGUCUACCAAAAGUCAAUGCAAAGAGCGACGAUGCCUUGACUCGAGUUAUGGAUAUCUUGGAGCAUGUCGCUACUUUCAAAUAUUUCGCAAAUAUCGAUAAUCGCCUUCCAAGCAUACCAUUCGAACGAUCAUUCAAAGUUCGCCUCCACGAUAAAGCAGGGAAGGAAUUGGGAUUACAGGGACUUAUAGAGGUGGGAGAAGAUGAUGAACUGUGUCUGACUAUCGAAAAUCUGAGUGACGACACCAUCUAUCUAUCUGUGUUUGAUCUGGGACCAUCUUGGCAGAUCGACAACUUACUAUCUCAACUGGGAGGCGGCGGGUUCAAGGUUCUACCACCAAAAGGAGAAGUAUGCACAGGCCGCGAAGAAGUCAAAUGGGGAAUGUGCGUGCCAGAUUCGUUCAAGAGCCGGAAUAUGUUCCAAUGCGACGACAUCUUGAAAGUGUUUGUUACAAGAAGACCAAGCUCAUUUGCGCCUUUGCUAUUGCCAAGCAUCCCGGGUGCUACACGCUCUCAUCAACAGUCAUCUCGUGGAACUCGGUCGCCGCUAAAUAGGUUCUUAUCCGGUCUUUCGGCAGGAAAUCGUGGGGAAGGAGACAUCUCGGACGAGGCAUGGUCAACACAGAGCUUCAUCAUACAGACGACGUCAAAAUCAAACUAAAGGCCAGUGAAGAAUUAAAGCAUCGUAGGAAGUGUAGCAAGAAAGAACAGAAUAGCAAAUCAUGACAGUGAAUACUGCUCUGAGAUUAGUGACCCAAUGACUCGUCUUUUCCCAAUUUUGAACUCUUUUUGUCUCUCCCAAACAGCCAACCAGCUCCUGUGACUUCAACAAACAGAAGUUUCCUGCCAUUUGUUGCUCCUCGGCUCGCAUAAACAAAUGAUCAUUGAAACUAAGCUGCAACCAG